AUGGGUCGCCUUUGGCCUCUUGUUUUCACGGUGCUCUUCUCAUCGUUCUCAUCACUCUCCAUUGUUUUCUGCAAAACCAACGUCCAAACCACCCAAACCUUCAUUGUCCGUGUCCAAAAUGACCUUAAACCUUCACACUACUCCAACAUCAAAGCCUGGUACAAGUCUACCCUUACAAGCCUCAAUUCUACGAACAUUGCCCAAACACAAGACAGCCAUGACCAGCUGCUCCACGUUUACAGCACUGUCUUUCACGGCUUCUCAGCAAGACUCUCCCCUCAACAAGCUGAGGAGCUCAUAAACCGCCCGGAAAUUCUCGCCGUGUUCCCGGACAGGCUUCUCCGAAUCCAAACGACACGCACACCUCAAUUCUUGGGCCUCGGGACCGGCACCGGUGCAAAUAGUAUUCUUAAUGACUCCGAUUCAGGUUCCAACGUCAUCAUCGGCGUACUCGACACGGGUAUCUGGCCCGAGCGGCUUAACUUCCAUGACCAUAACCUCGGACCCGUACCUUCUCGCUGGAGAGGUAAAUGCGCUGGUGGUGAAAAAUUCCCCAAAACCCUUUGCAACAAAAAGCUCAUUGGCGCACGGUACUUCGCCAAAGGAUACCAAGCCCAGUACGCCAAAGACGAAGAGACCGAGCUCAUCAACUCAGCCCGAGACACAGCCGGCCAUGGCACCCACACUGCGUCCACAGCCGCAGGACGACAGGUCAACCACGCGUCGUUUUUCGGCUUCGCCCAUGGGGUUGCCACAGGCGUUGCACCCAAAGCGAGAAUCGCCGUGUACAAGGUCUGCGGAGCCCAAGGAUGUGCGACCUCUGAUAUUCUCGACGGCAUCGACUCCGCCGUAGAAGACGGCGUCGAUAUAAUAUCUGCCUCCUUAGGCGGCCGCCCUAUGCCAUACUAUCGGGACCCAAUAGCCAUAGGGUCGUUUGGUGCAAUAGAGAAAGGAAUUCUCUUUUCCGCUUCGGCUGGUAAUUCGGGUCCCGACUCUAAGACCACCAUAAACUUGGCACCUUGGAUCACCACUGUUGGUGCGAGCACUAUUGAUAGGAAAUUCCCCGCAGAUCUAGUGCUCGAGGAUGGUCGCGUCAUCACCGGAUCAUCGCUCUUCCAAGGUCGACCAGCGCGGCCCAAGGAUAAAUAUGUGCCGUUGGUUUACGCGGGAAAUGUUACAGUAAAGGGUCUAGACGGUGCUUCCGCUGCUGAUUGCUUGCCCAAUACCUUGGAUGCGGAUUUGGUACGUGGCAAAAUCGUGGUGUGUGAUCGAGGCGGAGGGUCACGUGUCGAAAAAUCAGUGGUGGUGAAGGAGGCUGGUGGGAUCGGGGUUGUCGUUGCCAACGUGGAAGAUUUAGGAGAGGGUUUACUCGCGGAUGCAUAUUUGAAUCCUGGCCUAGCAAUCACUAAAUCAGCGCGCAGCACCGUGCUCGAGUACAUAAGCUCCUCUAAGAACCCACGGGCUACCUUGCGUUUUAGUGGGAACACCAAAGUGGGAGUCGGACCAGCACCUGCGAUUGCUUGUUUCUCAUCCCGUGGGCCCAACGUAAUAUCUCCCCACGUGUUAAAGCCUGAUUUGGUUGCGCCAGGUGUCAACAUCUUAGCGGCAUGGCCUGAUGGUAUACCGCCAUCGGAGUUAUCUGCUGAUCGGAGGCGCACAGCGUUUAACAUAAUCUCCGGCACUUCCAUGUCUUGCCCGCACGUGUCAGGCGUGGCGGCUUUGUUGAAGGGGGCCCAUCCAAACUGGUCCCCGGCGAUGAUCAAAUCGGCCAUGAUGACCACGGCUUACACACACGAUAAAGAUGGCAAGGUUUUGCGAGAUGAGAAAGAUUUGAACGUGUCCAAUGCAUUUGGUAUGGGUGCUGGACACGUGGAUCCUGAGAAAGCCGUUGAUCCGGGCUUGGUUUAUGAUAUCACAGUGGAUGAUUACUUGCAUUUUCUUUGUGCGUCCGGUUACAACAGCAAAGAAAUUAAAGUUAUAUCAAGGAGGCGAGUGCAUUGCAGCGGGACCCAACAACGUAACUUGUGGGACCUGAACUAUCCUGCAAUUGUAGUAUUUCUUGGCGCAUCAGCACCGUCCAAAUCUGAGGUUGUGGUUAAAAGAGCAGUCACACAUGUUAGCAAUGGUGCAUCAACAUACACAGUAAAAAUCACGAAUCCAAAAGGUGCUAUCGUGACCGUCGAUCAUGGGAAAAUGGUGUUCACGCAGAAGGGUCAAACGCAGACCUACAGGGUGCGGAUUUUGGCCGAGAAGGUGGGAUUGCCCCUUGACGGUAACCUGAGUGAAUUUGGGGAUCUGACGUGGACUGAUGGAAAGCACCACGUCACUUCACCCAUUGUGGUGAGAUGGUCUUAAUACCAUUAUC